AUGUUGUCAAAAGCUCUCUCCUCCCUCGCUCGUCCCGUAUCUCGUUCUGUCGGCUCAGUGAGAUACGUUCAACACCUUUCGGCCCCCUCUACCCUCGACUCCUGGGCUCGGUAUCCAUCUGCGAGGCUCAUAACAUACGAUUUGUUAAAACCGAAGACUCUAAAUCCCCGUGCAAAUUCAAUAUUGGUUGAUGUCCGUGGACCUGACGAAGUAGAACACGGCAUGAUCCCCUCAGCCGUCCACAUUCCCAUCACCAACCUUGAAGAGUCGCUCAAAUAUCCUCCAGAAGUCUUCCAGGAGAGAUAUGGUAUUCCGAAACCUAGUAAGGACCAGGAGAUUACGUUCUACUGCAAGAAGGGUUUGAGGAGUACGAUGGCGACUGAAAUUGCUUUGCGCCAUGGUUUCACGAACAUCAUAAACUACAGAGGCUCGUGGAUCGAAUGGUCGCAGAGGGAGAACAAUGUUGAUUGA